UAUCGCACACACACGCGCGCGUUCCUCUCCUGCCGCCUGGCGCGGGAGUCAGUCCGAUGCCAUGACCGAGGACGCAUCAUCCACCCUCUGCUCUGAACCAUGCGCUGCUGCCGGUUGAGCCCUGCUGGAAUGAACCGACUGGAAGGGGCUUUCAAGGGACUCACCUGUGGAUUUGCUGUCAAGAUGCCUUAUAUGACCAAACCUCUGAUUUUACUUCUGUGUCUGGUCGUUACCGGCGAGUGCCGUAAGCACGGCCACCGGGUGCGGAGAUGGACCGGUACCGUGGAGACACAAAAGCAUGGCACCUCCUUGGCAAAGAAACCUCCUGAUGUAACCAAGUCUCGCAAAAUGAAGACGGAGCACCUGCUUAAAGUAGAUGACCAUGACUUUACCAUGAGGCCAGCAUUUGGAGGUCCUGCGAUUCCUGUUGGAGUGGACGUUCAGGUAGAAAGCUUGGACAGCAUCUCUGAGGUUGAUAUGGACUUUACCAUGACUCUAUACCUGAGGCACUACUGGAAGGACGAGCGCCUGUCGUUCACCAGCAGCACCAACAAGAGCAUGACAUUUGAUGGUCGCCUGGUGAAGAAGAUCUGGGUUCCCGACGUAUUCUUUGUGCACUCUAAGAGGUCCUUCAUCCAUGACACGACCACCGACAACAUCAUGCUGCGUGUCUUUCCUGAUGGACAUGUCCUGUACAGCUUGAGGGUGACAGUGACAGCAGCCUGUAACAUGGACUUCAGCCGCUUUCCUCUGGACUCUCAGACCUGCUCUCUGGAGCUGGAGAGCUAUGCCUACACAGAUGAAGACCUGAUGCUGUACUGGAAGAGCGGAGAUGAGUCCCUCAGCACUGACGAUCGCAUCUCCUUAUCACAGUUCCUCAUCCAGAAGUUCCACACCACGUCUCGCCUGGCCUUCUACAGCAGCACAGGCUGGUACAAUCGUCUGUACAUCAACUUCACGUUGCGACGCCACAUCUUCUUCUUCCUGCUGCAGACGUACUUUCCCGCCACGCUCAUGGUGAUGCUGUCAUGGGUGUCAUUCUGGAUCGACCGACGGGCCGUGCCGGCCAGAGUUUCUCUGGGCAUCACCACAGUGCUGACCAUGUCCACCAUCAUCACUGGCGUCAAUGCGUCUAUGCCCCGGGUGUCCUACAUCAAGGCGGUAGACAUUUACCUCUGGGUCAGCUUCGUCUUUGUUUUCUUGUCCGUGUUGGAGUAUGCCGCCGUCAACUACCUGUCGACCGUACAGGACCGCCGGGAGCGCAAGAUGAGAGAGCGGGCGCGAUCGCAGUCCCUGCCCUGCACCUGCGGGAUCUCCCAGACGCGAACUAUGACCAUGUUGGAUGGCACCUACAGCGAGGCUGACACCAACAGCCUGGCCGGCUACACCGAGGAGCCCAUGGUACCAGAGGAGGAGCAGGAAGAGCUGCACGAGGUUCUAGAGAAACCUGAACACAUGGUGGUCCAUCUGUCUGUGAGCAGUGAGUCCACUACCACCAAGAAGAAGAAGAGCUUGCGUGCCAUCAACAUCAUCCAGAACACGCAUGCAAUUGACAAAUACUCCCGGAUGAUUUUCCCUGGUUCGUACAUCUUUUUCAACCUUAUCUACUGGUCCGUCUACUGCUGAAAGACACUCCUGAAUCCAGACUGAGACCAGAGAGAUUAACACACAGGCAGUAUCAAUGCUGCAUCAGAAUGGGACACUUCUGGACUAGUUCUAAGAGGGCUGCUGUUCUGUAUCUCUGUUGAUGAAAGAUCAUUAGGUUUAAGCCUUGGACAGUUACAGAGCCUGAAAAGAUUAUUUGUUUUGAAAGGUUUGGAAAAAGUUCAGCACUGAGACUUUGUGAGUGACUCCUUUUUCAUUUUUUUUCCUCAUGCAGCAAUUUGAAUGUUCAUUAACACUCGAAACUAAAAACAAAGAAAAUAAUCAUUUGACUGUCAACUGCUGUUAAAAUGCUCUUUGUCAUCAUUACUGUUGUUCCUCAGAUGAACAGCAGUUUAUUGAAAGAAAAAGUAAAUCUUUGUAUUUGACUUCUAGCAUUGAUGGAUAGGGAUAUGGUAUGCUUUGCGUGUGUUCAUGCUGUGAUCCUCUCAGUUGAUAGGUUUCUGUCUUUAUAUCAUUUGUAAUGAUAAAGCUGAAAAUCAUCAUGAUCAUACAUUUUUAAGGCCCAUUUUCUAUCAGUCAUGACUUAUAAACAGUGAUGAUGAAGGUAACAAACUUCCCCAUAUUUUAAGCCUGUUAUCUAAAAAAAAAUAUUAUAACUUAAUGUUGAGGAAUCAACAGUGUGUACAUGUCAGCAGCUCUUUGAGGCUGUGUUUAGUGGUGCUUUGAGCUAAAUGCUAAUGCCAGCACGCGAACAUGCUCAUGUUAACAUGCUGGUGAUGUUAAGCAGUCAAUGUUUACCAUGUUCACCUAGCUUAGCAUGCAAACAUUUGUUAGUAAAUGUUAGACUGAUGGAGAUAUCAUCAGUUUUGCUGGUCAUAGACCAGAGUACUGGUAGAAAUUUGAUCCUAAUGAUGGCGCUAGAUGAAAACUUCAAUGUCUGUACCAAAGUUUACGGCAACCCAUCUAACAGCUGUGGAGACAUUUUGCUCAACUGAGACAUUUCACUGAACCAAAAGUGAACCAAAAGGUCAGGAGAUCAACAAAGUCACUACAGUUUAUCCUUGAAUGUCUGUACCAAAUUCCAUGAUAAUCAAUCCCACACCUGUUUUUCAAAACCAAAACUGUAAACCUCAUGGAGGUGCUACAGGCAGAUCAAGCCAGUGCAUCACUAAAGUCAGUAAGAUUCAUCCUCUGGGGAGCAUAAAUGUCAAUAUUUGCCAAGAUGUAUCUCUAUCUCUGAACGCUUCCCAGAGCACACUGCUAGCAUUGAUAAAAAGUCUAGUCUAGUGAUGACUUUAAUGUAUCUGAGGGUAACAGUCUUCCAAACUUAAUGGUCUAUCAGAGUGGAUUUUGGUCACUGAUUCAUUUUUCUCAACCUUUACAGGUUUCCACCCAAAUGUGGUACAAAUUUAACAGAAAAAAACUCGCCAGAGAUAUUUCCAUCCACUACUGCUGUGUGAAAAUUAAGAGCUGGAUAUCAACAUUAUUAGUAAUUCUCCAGUCAGGUGCCAUUGAACCACUGCAGCCAAAGAGCUCUGGUAAAAUCUCAAAUUAGGAAAAACCCUGUGGAAAACGUGAUGAAAAUAUGACAUCUGCAGCGGAAGCUAUAGUGGACAAUUAAAUCACAGGAUUUAUUUGCUAAGUCACAUUUUAUUUUGACUUUUUUUUCAAUAUUUUGAUUUAAUUUAUUUAUUUAUUUUAAAUUUACAACAUUUCCGCUCAAAUAGAAUAUAAACAAAUGGGUGGAUGGAAAUGCACUGAUAGAGGCAUCCAGAAAGUGAAUAGAGUGAAAAUAUAAAGCAGAAAGGACAUCAAUUAUGACAAUAUAUAAUACACAUUUUCUUUAAUGUUUAAAUAAUCAAGUUAGAGAAAAUGGUGUGAUAUCUUCAGAUAAAGACAUCUCAGUGGGCGAUCACACCAAGAUGUGUCACUGGAAACGCAUUGCCAAACCAUUGUUUUCCUAUGGUACAGUAGGAAAACAAUUGCAGUUAUUAGAAGUGCGUAAAAGUUCAGAUAUUUUCAACUUUUCAGCAUAAGGCAUGGAGUCCCACCACUCGUCACUGUCACGCUGGGCCCAGGCAGCCAAUGAAAUCAAGCAAGAGGCGGGCUUGUUUUUAUGCCAGUAGAUGUUAUAGGAACAGAGAAGAACGUGAAAGGGAGAGGAAGAAUUCUUAGCUCAUGUUGCUUCAAUCCAUUUUUUGUCCUGUUUAUCACAUUUAACAGCCCAUUUGCGCACAUAGCUCUGCUCCACAGCUAUAUGAGCUGUUUUGCCCAACAUCUUUGAAGUGGCCCCUCAUGUAGGAAUUUUGAUUAGUAAUGAUCUUGAGAUAAGAUAGAAAAAAUAUUAGCAGCCAAGGCCACUGAUUUGGCUGCUGGUUUUGAUAUUGUCACACUGUUCUGAUGUGUUGAAGACUACACAGACUUUUUCAGAAACCGGCCUGGCUAGUUGCCUUAGCAUAUGAAAUAAGUGAUGACUUUGGUGAUACUUGUAUUAUAAAAGGUUUCUUGGCCAGUGGGACAUUGUCUGCUAAGGUCAGUAUAGCUAUUUAUUCCAGUUAGCAAAUAAAAUAAACAGAUGCUUGCUUCAUAAAAUUACUUCAGAACUUACCAGCAUUAAUUGAUUUCACUUGUCUUUGAAAUAAAAGCUCAGUGCAAAUUUUGGGACACCGUUAUCAGCUUCUUGUCCAUGUUGCACCUACCAGGCAGAACACAGACUUUCCUUGAACUUCUUUAGAAAUGAUUAUGCCUGAUGAACACUGUUUUUAUUCCCUUUGAUUAUACAUAGGUACUCGCAAAUCUCCACUUAACUUCUAGAGCUACUUCAAAAGCUCUGCAAAGCUUCUAACAGAACUCUGGUAAUUGAUCUAAGCUUUCAUUGUAAUUAUUUUUUUGACCAAUUUAAUCUGUCAAAAAGCUCAACUUACCUUGUGAACACUAUGACCUUACAGUGAGUGGAACAAUGUGACCCAAGAGUGUUUGCAGAUGACUUACUGGAUAAGUUUAUUAAAAUUAAUCUAAGUAAUGAACACAGUUCCCCAGAUCACCAAUCUAUGGCUGUUUGCCUUUGUGAAUUCAUACCAGUGUGUGCAGUCAAAACUGAAAGUAUUCUAUAGGGAACCAAUGUCCCUGCCCACCUCAUGGUGUGUUGCACCAGCUGUCAGUGCUAAUUUAUAGCUUCCUCCCACAUUAUCUGCAACUGUACUGGUUAGUAACAUUUAAACAUCAAGACAAAAGACCAAUUAUUUUGUUAAAGGUUAUAUAUGAAAUUGAAUAUAUAAUUAUUAAUAUAUUACAUCAUCUGUGUCAGUGAAUGAAGUUGAUUGUUGGAGUUUUGGGUGGUUUAUUUUUUUUUUUUCGGUCCACUAAAGUUACAAUUAUAUGCAAGGUAAAACUACCAUUUUUAUCUAUGGAGUCUGAUGCAGAGCGAUAGCGAUACUGAGUUGUUGGUGCUUUAGUGUGACAUCCAGUGGAAAGUAAAUUACAUAUUUAUAUAACGUUGAACGUUCAGCUUCUACUCCCUUUUGGCUUUGAUGGCAUUGGCAUCAUUUGAUGGCUAAGACUUGUGCAAAAAGUGAAUGCUGGGAAAGAUAACAUUAACAUUGAAGCCCCAGCAUAAUUUUUUUGCUUUUUAAAGGACCAGUGUGUAACAUUUAGGAGGAUCUAUUGUCAGAAAUGGAAUAUAAUAUUCAUAUGUAUGUUUUCAACUAGGUGUUUUAUCAGCUGGAAAUAAGAAUCAUGUUUUUGUUACCUCAGAAUGAGCUGUUUUUAUCUACAGAGGGAGCGGGUCCUCUUUUUCAGAGUCUGCCAUGUUGAACUGUCAUGUUCUACAGUAGCCCAGAAGGGACAAACCAAACUGUUGAAAAGAAAAUACAAGAUACAGCUAGUUAAACAACAGAGGCAAGCUUCCAUCAGGGGCAGAACUUUGACAAAAGGUGAAAAACACAAGAUUUUAGAAAACAAAUUAACAAAACUAAAAGAAAAAAUGCAGUUGGCAGGACACACACAGACAUCAGCAUUUCAGAAAACACAAAGUCUUUAACACAUUGUAUGAGGUCAGAGUCUGUUUUUCUCAUUGUUACAUUAUAUGUUGAUGAUAGUCUGUUAUAGCUACAAGAAGCAGGAAUUAAAAGGUGCUCUCAUAUAUUGUUGAGCAACCAGAAUGAAUUCGCAGUCUGUUAUGGGGUACCAUUUGUUUUCCUCAAACUUAUAUCUUAAUGAAAUAGUUUGUCCACAUGUUGUGAAAACACUAUAGCAGGGUGCUCAUCUGUGAGACAAAGGAAAUCAAGCUCAGCCUGGUCAUGUGUCAGCAUGUGUAUCUACCAGCAGGAAAAAAAAAAAAAUUAGCAUUCCAUUCAAUUAACUGUUGCUGAUUAAAGGGCAAGAGGUUAUGUGUAUUUAAAGUUUUAUUUACUGCCAUUCAUUUCUGGUAUCCCGUUACAGCUUUAUCCAAUCAGAAUGGAGAACACCACAAAGAGGAGGUCCCCAAGGGUAAGCAGCAGUGUGGUGACAUGGGGAGGAGGGAAGAACAGACAGAAGGGUUAACCAAGAUUUUGUGUAUUUAAUUUAUAUCUAUCCAUCAAUUUUCUAUAACCACUUACUGCAGGGCAAAGGUGGGCCCUGACAGCAGAAGUGCUAAGCACUGAUCCACUGUACGCCCUGACUGUGUUGACAUGGUUUCUGACAUUUUCUUUUGCACCUGAGGGCUACUGAAGUUCUACCAAAGUGAAAUGUCUAACAUAACUGUACAUGUACAUCUAAAGAUUUUCAUGCAGUGUUACAAAUUGUCACAUUAUUCCUGUAAAUUGUCAAGUAGCAUACAUUUUCUGGAGUCAUACAUGUGAUGAGUUUAAAAAAAAAAAAAAUUGAGAUUUAUUUUAGACCACAAAAAAAAUUUAUGUAAUUAUAUUUGAGUGCCGUUUGAAAUAUAGGCCUACUGGUUGUGCUAAAGAAUGUAUUGUAACAAUGUAAAUUAUUUAUAACCUUUUAAAAACAUAUUGCUUUUGUAUAUUAGUGUAGCCAUUUAUACAUCAACCAAUUUCUGAUUUAUACAAUACAGACAUUUGACUGGUUCUAUCAUAUGACAGCAUCUGAUUAUAUAUUGACAAUUGGGUGAUUUGAGAACAUUUGAGUAAUAACAUCCACAGUAAAGCUUUAUUCACAUGCACUGUCACAGUACGUAAAUCUAUAAAACGUAUACCUUUUUUGAAAGUUGUUCUUAUUUCAUUAAGUCUGUAGUUGAAAUGUUCUGUAGACCUAUUUCUGUAAUGCCUGGACCACACUGUUCACGUGAGCAGCGUGUGUGUGAGUGUGGAAUCUCUUGUUUUUUAUUCUGGUGCCCAUGUUAACAGAUUAAAGUAGCCACACAGUU